GGGGAGGGGCCACGCGGCUGUCGCUCCUCCCGGGGCAGGUGGCAGGCGGCGUUCGCAGACGCAGAGGCGCUGGCCCUCCGGCGGAGCGCUCCGCAGCCAUGUGGGGGACCUGGGUCGUCCCGUGUCUGAUAUUUACCUCCAUUGCUGGACCAUGGCCUAAAGCUGUCAGUGCUCAAGCAACUGCUGUCAACAAAAAGGCAUUGAGAUUUCGUAAGAACAUUACCAUAAGGGAGACGAGGUGCUGGGAAGAUCAGCAUGGUGAGAAGAUAGUCUGCUGUCAGCCAUGUCCUGCCGGCACACGGAAGGAGGGUGACUGCGAAUCUGCGGGGGGCGAGUCAAAAUGUGUGCCCUGCCAGGACGGGGAGGAGUACAUGGAAGAGAAGCAUUUCUCGGAUAAAUGCAGAAGAUGUCGCAUUUGUGACGGAGAGCAUGGGUUGGAAGUGGAGAGAAACUGUACCCGGAGCCAGAACACCAAGUGCAGAUGUAAACCAAACUUUUUUUGUAACAUCUCUGAAUGCGAACAUUGUACACCAUGCACCACGUGUGAACAUGGAGUCCUUGAGAAUUGCACACCAACCAGCAACACCAAAUGUAAAGAAGGAUCCAGCUCCAGCUUUCUGUGGUUUUGUGUCCUAAUCCCGAUUCUCAUCGGUGUGCUGAUAUGUUGGUGGAGGUUGAGAAGGCACCGGAAUAAAAAGACUGAAGACCUGGAAUCCAAACCCUCAGUUACUGAAAUGAUGCUAAUAAAAUACUCAGAUGUUGACCUGAGUAGAUAUCUAACUAUUAUUGCUGAACAAAUGAAAAUAACUGAAGUCAGAGAAUUUGUUCGGAAGAAUGGCAUCAACGAAGCCAAGAUAGAUGAGAUUAAGAAUGAUAACCUCCAAGACACAGCAGAACAAAAAGUCCAACUGCUGCGUAAUUGGUACCAACUCCACGGGAGGAAAGAUGCUUAUUACCAAUUACUUAGAGGCCUCAGAAAAGCCCAUCUUUGUGAACUAGCAGAGAGAAUUCAAGAAAUGAUCCAGAAGGACAGUACUAGCUCACUUGAAAAUGGAAACUUCAAACCAUGAAAAGAAAAGAUAAACCUUGGCCAAAAGCAAAAAGAAUGUAGUAUAACUCAGUCCUGAGCAGAUACUAGUCGAUAGAAAGAAAAAUUAGGGUUUUAGUAGCUGUGGCCUGGAACAUUGCUUGGCUUUUUAUAGUGUGUGUGUUUCAUUUGUUAGAUAUGUAGAGCGAGUAUGUUUACAGGUUCUGAGGGUCUCAGGAUUCUGACCUCAAGGAUGUUGGGAAGACAGAAAUGGUUCCAAGUAAAUUCAGUGUCACAUGAAGAGUACAAGUUGUGUGCAAAGGACAGAAGAUUAGGAACACACUCUAGUAUCUAAGGGGAGGGUGUGGGUAUGACUGGCAUCGGAGGGUGUGAGUACAAAUGUCUGCCGGCAGAUUGACUCCAUUCCACAAAUCUGUAGGAGCUGUGACUUUUGGUUGCCAUGUCUCAAUCAUUGGAAAGCCCACUCGGUUUCUGCAUUAGCUCUCCGGCUCCACAACCGACUCUAGAGACAGUCCUACUUUUGUGAAUUUUGCAACUCCAGAGGAGAGAAUCUGAGACAAGUUUGCAUGCACCUCUGAAUAAAGAAUUUGAUAAGGGUCUAUCUCAAAGAUCUUUGCACAGAUUAUUGGCAUUUUGGUGUGAAAUCUUUCCGUUUUGAAUUCACUCACGAAAUGCAGACUUGACUUCUAAUGCUUGAAUAUGUUCUACUCGAAUGCCGUUUUACCGGAUUGAGAUAAUCUACUUAUUUCUCAGGUGUCUGGACAUUUUCAUCAGGGAAGUACUCCUGGGUAUUGUUGCCUCUCCGUUUUCUCUCUGAGACGUAUCUUGACUGUACACCCUCACAGCACCCAAAAGUGCUGCAUGAGAAACACCUCAUGAUCCCCUAAAACCAUGGCUGCCCGUAGAAACUGCUAGCCUGCUUUGGGGAGACUAACCGCUCUUCCUGAUGUUAUCAGGAACCCACAAACCCACCCAAGUCUUAUUUUGUCCUGUUCCUCACAAAGUGCUCAGUUACUCCCCUUGUGUCCUCUGAGGAGAAAUGCCAUUCGUACACAGCAAGGGGGAAAUCGUCUUCAGGUUUUAGGGUUGUCUCUUGUGGUUCCCGGUCGCUUCUGGGGCAAACAAACCCCUCUCCCCACUGCUCCUUCCUCACUUUUCCAUUUAAACACUUCCAGAAGUUUGUAUUAAAUAUGGAGCUUAAUAAAUACUGUUUAUAUUUAUAUGGAUGUAAACGGAAGCUUGCUCCAAACUGACGCAGGCAUUUAGGACUACCUAAAGAACUUCUGUGGUUGGAAGAUAUUUUUUCCUUAUGUUUGGAAAUAUAAAAUAUUUAAUUAAAAUCACGUUUCGGACA